AUGACGGACCCCAAAAUCGCCAACUUCGACCUAAUCCAAGCCCCGUACAAAAAGGUCGGCACCCACGAAAUCCGAACAGACAUCCUCAUCCCAAAAUCCGCCCCCGCCAGUCCCCGCCCCAUAAUCAUCCGCUACCACGGCGGCGGCCUCGUAAUGGGCGACAGUCUAUUUAUGUUAUUCUUCCCACACUGGCUAUCCGAUCUAGCCACAAAGCACAACGCAAUAAUCGUAUCUCCAAACUACCGCCUCCUACCCGAAGCAACCAGUCCGGAGAUCUACGCCGAUAUCGAAGAUUUCUGGACAUGGCUGCAUUCGUCCGAGUUCAGCGCUAUAUUGAGCAGUCACUCCGUGCCCACGGAGGCGGAUUUAACCCGCAUACUUACGGCCGGUGAUUCGGCGGGUGGUUUGUUGAGCAUAUAUACCGCUUUAUCGCAUCCGAGAGCGAUUCGUGCCGCGACGGCUUCGUACCCGAUGAUUGAACCGGGUGCGUUUUCGUCAGCGCGGGUGCAUCCGCCGUUUGGUCAUUCGACGCCCGAAUCGGUUUAUGAGGAGUAUAUGGCUAGUGUGGAGUUGGGGAGCGUGAAGUCCUCGUGGUCUGUGCCGGAGAGUUUGACGUUUAUGCUUGCUGCGGGGGGAAUAUGGGCAUUUGAGUGGGUUCUUGAGAGUGAGGGGGUUGAAUUUCCGAAGGGUGGGAUUGCGGUUAUUCAUGGAAGGCAGGAUAGUCUUGUUCCUAUUGGUGAUGUGGAGGGUUUCGUGGAGAAGGCGCAGGGGCUUGGGUUGGGGGGUCCGGGUGUUACGCUUACUGUUAGGGAUGGGGAGCAUGGGUUUGAUGGAGAUUUGAGGUUUGAUGAAGAGGAGUGGAUGCAGGAGGCUUUUGAGGGGGCUGUUGCUGCUUGGUUGGAGUAG